CGUGUGCGCGUGUCAGCCUCGGCCGCCCGCGGCGACCGGCGGGCCCCCGAGCCUGAUCCCGCAGCCGUUCGCGCAGCCGCCUCGGCGACUGGGUGCUCCCUGCCGGCAUCCGCGCGGGACCGGAGUGCGUGUGUGCGCGCCCAGCCCAGGAAUGGCUUGGGUGGGGGCGAUGCUGCAGGGGCGCAGCUUUGAGUCCUAAGAGCGGAGCCCGGGUCGCCGGGGCCUCCUUCCCAUCUCAGCCUCCUUCUGUGAUGUAAAACAGCCUCCGGAACUCUUUUUUCUCUGCUUGCCGCGUUCUGGUGACCUCUGAGUUUGAAGACACCACCCCUGAUCACCCACUGGAUUAUGCCCGUGGCUUUUCUACCUGAUGAUUCUCUUGCAGCAGGCUGGACUUCCUCCACCUAAGCGGCCCCCGACCUCUCCUCCUAUGUCAGUGGCUGCCAGGUCCACAAGGACCUUGCAGCUUCCACCACAGAAGGCUUUCGGGCAGGAGGCAUCCUUGCCCCUGGCAGGGGAAGAGGAGUUAGCUAAGGGAGGGGAGCCAGACUCUGCCCUGGAGGAGCUCUGUAAGCCCCUCUUCUGCAAACUCUGCAAUGUCACCUUGAACUCUGCUCAGCAAGCCCAGGCACACUAUCAGGGUAAAAACCAUGGCAAGAAACUCCGAAAUUAUUACGCAGCUAACAGCUGUCCUCCUCCAGCCAGGGUGAGCAGCGUGGUAGAGCCUGUAGCCACACCCCUCCUUCCUGUCCCGCCACAGGUGGGCUCCGGCAAGCCAGGGGGAAGAGUGAUCCUGGCCACAGAGAACGACUACUGUAAGCUGUGCGAUGCCUCCUUCAGCUCCCCUGCGGUGGCACAGGCCCACUACCAGGGGAAGAACCACGCCAAGAGACUUCGUCUGGCUGAAGCUCAGAGCAACUCGUUCUCGGACUCUGCAGAGGCAGGGCAAAGGCGGACCCGGAAGGAAGGGAGUGAAUUUAAGAUGGUGACCACCAGGAGGAAUAUGUACACAGUCCAGAACAAUUCAGGUCCUUACUUCAAUGCCCGCUCGCGGCAGAGGAUCCCGCGAGAUCUCGCCAUGUGCGUGACUCCCAGUGGCCAGUUCUACUGUUCGAUGUGUAAUGUCGGCGCUGGUGAAGAAGUCGAGUUCCGGCAGCAUCUGGAGAGCAAGCAGCACAAGAGCAAAGUGUCUGAACAGCGGUACCGGAGCGAGAUGGAGAAUCUGGGCUACGUGUAGCGCUGGCCGCCCGCGCUCAUGGAGAAACUGGUCCUGCCUGUUGUUUGCCUUCUGUCAGCCUGCCUUGCUUUGUGGUCCCCUUGAUCCAUACAUUCCUCAUUCCUCUGCUUAGGAUGGGUAUCUGCAGUGGUACCGUGAGUACCACUUGGGGUGGGGUUUGAGCAGAUGAUGGGCUCUCCUGGAAAACACCGUACAUACGGUCAAGCGACUUACAGUAUGUGACCCGCCUGCCCCGUCAGAAGUAACUUUUUAUCUUGGCCAAGUUCUGUUUCACCAGGAGUAGCCUGACUGCUUAGAGCUAUGACUAUUUAAAAAACGGCAUCUACUUUUGCAAUUUUAGUUUUAUGCAUAUUAGGUGAAAAAAAACUUGACUUCAGUUUGUCCUUCAGAUUAUAGUAAAAAGAUAAACAGAUUCCCAUUUCCUGAUGUUCCUGGGGAGCCAUCACCCCAGUGUGGUGCCGGGCCAGUACGUGUGCUGUUAUGGUGUGUGCUUGGGUCUUCUGGCAACGGUUCAUCCCCUGGGGCGUGUCUCUCUGUAACUGACACGCAGGCUCUUUUGAAUCCAGACACUUCCAGAAUACUUAGGUUCUUUUGAAGCUGUGACUUUAUCUCCAGUUGUGAAUUGCACACAUUUAAUCCCCACCUCCUCCCUCCUACUUGGGUCAGUGUGUUUGCUGAGAUCAUCUCAUGCCCUGGUUGGACUGUCAGUCUGGGACUCAGAUUUGACUAUCUAAUGAGUUGAAGAUGGAUUAUUCUUUUAAAAAAUAUAUUUUCAGACGAUUCAAGGAAAUGCAUGGAUGUGUUUGCGAUUUCAAUUUGGGAAUUAUAUUUUCACUGAUAAUUGCGUGAACGCGUCAUUGUCUGUGGCUUUUUUGAUGAUUGUGUCCUGGCACCGCCCUGGCAGGUGACGGGCCCUCCUGGGAAAUACCACUCUUUCUUCCGUGGAUUUUUUUUUUUUUAAGCUGAUCAAGUUUCAGUGUCCUUUCCAGUGGAGAAGCACACAGACGCUGUGUUUUCUUCUUUACCUCCUCGAGAAGACUGAAAACACAGAUGGCUGUGCUGUCUAAUGCUUCUACUGGGAUUAUUAUUUUUUAAAUAAAAAGCCAUAGUGUAUGUCUA